AUGGCCCAGAAAUCGAACACCAAGCCAAAACGUCACAAGAAGAGAAAAUCGAGGAUCGAGGUGUCAUCAGACAGCUCAGACAGCGAGCCCGCCAGGUCCAGAACGCAAGUCAAGAGCGAAGUCUCCAGUGCUCGUGAUGUAGAAGAACCAUCUUCUUCAUCCUAUGAUUUAUCCAAUACCUGUGAAAGAGCGUCCGUUGCAAAAGAGCCCAUAGAAGCAGAUAUCGAGGCUGCGUUCGCAAAGUUCUACAUGCAACGUGCGACAGCGGAGUUUGCGGAGGAUCUGGAGAGGCUGAGAACGAGUGAUGAUUUUAAGGAUGAGGCUGUGCCGAUGCUAAUUUCGGCGCUGAAAGGUGGGACUGCCAUGUUUUCGAGCGAUGAGAAGAAGAGAAUUGUACUUGCUAGUAGGAAGGAUAUUUGA